GCAGUGAGGAACAGCGACUACGAGGUUGAUACGGCCCUAAAGGACGACCAGGCGGGUGAUGCGAUCAUGGAAGCCGAGCAGAAGAUCAAAGAUGUCAUACAAGAGUUGGUCGACCGUCACCGAGCCAAGGGGGUCCUCGCAGAGAUUGAAGAGUUAAAGCUAGCCCUCUUCGAGAUGCUAGAGGAAGAGAAGAAAGCACGCGUCGAAGAGCACGGUGACAUAGAGAAGAAGUACCAAGCCCUUGUCACGAAGGAGAAGGAUGAACAACGCAAGGAAGCACUUCGGGCAAAAGGCAAAGAGGAGUAUGAUGCAAUGCUGGUCCGUAUGAAGGAAGAAGUAAGCAAAAUGGAGAAGCAGUUCGCGGACAUGCUCGAGGAACUCGCCGAUCUUGACUCCAGCGGCGCCAAGUACAAAGCAUGCGGCUUCAACCUAUGUCAAGGAGAUACUCUCGAAUGCUGCGAAGGGCUUCCUGACGGCCAUGAAGAAGGCAAAGGGAAAGGUGGCUGGCUGUCGGCUGCUGGCAAGUAUCUGUUCAGGCGGAGCUCCCACAGCUCCGAAAGCCCCCAGAGCUCCCGCUUGAACAAGCACUGCGCAGCGAAUUGCUGA